AUGGCAGAAAGGUCUCGGCCUUUCAUCGAACUGCUUAAAAAAUCUCAAAAAUCUGCUUGGUCUAACGAAUGUGAGGCCGCCUUCGUUCAAUACAAGCAUAUACUAGCAGCGCCGCCUGUGUUGACCAAACCAAAGCCUAAUCAAGAAAUGAUUGUUUAUUUGGCUGUAUUAGAUAACGUCAUCCGUUCGAUUUUACUACAGGAAAUACCUGAACCGGCUCCUAUAUAUUUCAUCAGUCGAACACUCCAAGGUCCUGAAUCCCGCUACCAGUUGAUGGAAAAAGUAGUACUGGCCCUACUCCAUAUAGCUCGUCGGUUAAAACAUUAUUUCCAAAGCCAUCGGGUGGUUGUGUGCACAGAUUGUCCAAUGGCCAAAAUUUUGAGAAAACCAGAGUUGGCCGCUAAGGUGCUAGCGGACUUUGUUAAUAAGUUCACAGCACAAAGACAAACCACUUCGGAUAUGUGGAAUCUGCACGUUGACGGAUCAUCAAACAGAUUAGGUAGUGGAGUAGGAGUUAUACUUGAAGGGCCGAACACAGUCACCAUUGAACAAUCCAUUUGCUUCAGAUUCAAGGUGUCCAACAAUCAAGCCGAGUAUGAGGCCUUACUUGCUGGUCUCAGAUUAGCAAAGGAAAUAGGAGUUAAACGCAUUACUGGUUGGAGUGACUCAAAAAUAGUGACCGAACAGGUUAAUGAUACAUAUCAGGUUAAGGAAACAAUUAUGCUCCAAUAUUAUCAAGAAUUCAAAAGAAUGAAAGAUGAAUUUGAUGAGAUAUGUGUUCGGUACACACCAAGAAAUAUGAAUGAACGAGCCGAUAGGCUUGCUAGACUGGCUAGCCAAAGGAAACCUGGGCAAUUGCAAAGCGUGAUUCAUCAGGAAAUCCUCCAACCCAGCAUCACUAAACAAGAGUGCAUGGACAUAGAAAAUACGCCUCAAAAUUGGAUGACCUCAAUCAUCCAAUACCUUACCAACAGCAGCUUACCAAAGGAUUUAGUUUUGGCUAAGAAAAUAAGAAUGCAUGCAGCUAAAUACCUCCUCCUCGGCAAAGACUUGUACAGAAGAGGGAUUUCAACACCUAUGCUUAAAUGUCUUGACGACGACCAAGCUAGCUAUGUCAUGAAGGAGAUUCACGAAGGUAUUUGUGGUACCCAUUCAGGUGGACGAACCAUGGCAGCAAAAAUACUUAGACCCGGAUACUAUUGGUCGUCACUCGCCCAAGAUUGCCACGUGUUUGUAAAGAAAUGCAUCCCUUGUCAACAACACGGUCCUCACUUACACCAACAUGCUGACACCCUUCGCCCUAUUAGCUCUCCUUGGCCCUUUGCUAUUUGGGGUAUGGACCUCCUUAGCCCUUUCCCCUUAGCAAAAGGGCAGUGUAAGUUCCUCAUUGUUGCCAUGGAUUACUUCACUAAGUGGAUUGAAGCCAAGCCCCUUGCUACCAUCAUGGCUAAUAAUGUUCAAAAGUUCACUUGGAAAAAUACCAUUACACGUUUCGGUCUCCCUCAUGCGUUGGUUACAGAUAAUGGGCUGCAAUUUACAGAUCGACGGUUGGGGUCGGCAAAAGGAGAAUGGGCUGAGAAGCUACCCGAGGUACUAUGGGCGUAUCGGUGCACGCCACAAACCACCACAAAGAAGACUCCUUUUCGACUUACCUAUAGUACUGAUGCCAUGGUGCCGGUAGAGAUUGGAGAACCUUCAUUUCGAAGGGAGAACUUUGAGAAUUCGGCCAAUAACGAAUCUUUAGCCGUCAAUUUGGAUUUGAUAGAUGAAGUAUGUGGCCAAGCAGCAAUUAUGACCGAGGCUAGCAGAAGAAUGAUGGCAAGGAAGUUUAACUUCAAAAUCAACUCAAGACAAUUUUAUGAAAAUGACUUGGUAUGGCGAGUAACCGGAGAUGCACGACGAGAUCGACGAGAAGGGAAAUUGGCGACUAACUGGGAAGGACCAUUUUAG